AUGGCAGAUCCCCCUGGCUGCUGCCGCCCCUGUGCCACCUGCCUGCUCUGCCUCUACAGCUGCCAGUGGAUCACUGCCAAGAAGGAGAAGAGCAGGGGCCUGAGAACCACCAAGUGUGACUGCAGCUGGUUCCUUUUCCUCUUCUGUGUCUUCCUCUUCACACUGGUGUGGCUCUACUUCGCCAUCAUCAUCCUCAAUGAUUUCCACAACUUCAAUGAGUUCAUCUUCAAGCAGAGGAAGUUGUGGCUAGACUGGUCCCUGGUCCUGCUCAUAGCUACAGCCGUGCUGAUCACCUACUCUGCUGUGCUGCUGGUCCUUGCUUUGUGCUUGCAGCUUUGCGGCCAGCCCUUGAAGCUACACUGGCUGCACAAGACCCUGCUGAUCUUAACUGCCUUGGUGGUGGCUGCAGCCUUCACAGGGCUGGGAAUAAAGUGGGCGGAGGAGUGGAGAAGUGCACGUAUCUCCCUGCAGGCAACAGGUCCCUUCCUGCACAUUGGAGUUGUGGGGGGAAUGACGCUCCUUGCCUGGCCCCUGGCCAGCUUCAUCUACCGCACACGCAACACAGGUCUCAAGGUGUUUCUGCUGCUUGUGUACUGCAUGGUGAUGAUCGUGCUGUAUCUGGCUCCCAUGGGAAUCACGUCCCCUUGCAUCAUGGAGGAGAACCAGCUGCCCCCCAAGCCAGCCCUGGUUGGCCAUCGAGGAGCCCCCAUGCUGGCCCCUGAAAACACCCUCAUGUCACUGUACAAGGCAGUGGACUGUGAUGUGCAAGUCUUUGAGACGGAUGUCAUG